AUUUUCUCCACUCAUUCCAGCGGCUGGUCGCUCUGGAUUCGAUCGUGAAUUUCUUACUGAAUAAGGUCAGAGCGUGGAUAGAGGAGAAUUAAAAAAGGCUUCCCGCGGUCACCUUCGUUUUGAGGGACUCCCCUUAUGAAAUUAGCAAUGAACUGAUCUCAAAGUGAAGGCAAUUUGAGUGUAUUUAGAGCUCAAACGAUUUCAGUGUGCAUUCGUUUUCGUGACGCAUCAGGGCCUAAAGUCGGUGAGAAAAUGUACCAAAGUCUGGCGCUAGCUGCGAAUCAUGGACAACCGACCUACCCCCACGAGGCUUCUGGCAAUUUCAUGCAUUCUUCGGCGGGUUCCCCCAUGUACGUGCCGACAACUCGGGUCCCGUCCAUGUUAUCCAGCAUACCGUACCUCCAGAACUGUGAAUCGGCCCAUCAGAGUCAUCAUCUGAGCAAUCACACGGGUUGGCCGCAACCAGUCACCGAGAACUCUGGAUUCAACCCCAGUAGCCCGCAUCCUUCGACCACCUUCUCCUAUUCUCACAGUCCCCCCAUGAGCCACGGCGCAGGGAGAGAUGCGGCGUACACCAACCCCUUGGUCAUCAGCGCCAGCGGCAGGGAGCAGUACGGAAAUGCCCUGGUCAGGUCGGUGAAUGGAACCUACUCCAGCCCAUAUCCUACCUACGUGGGGCCAGAGAUGACUUCAGCAUGGCCACCUGGUCCCUUCGAGAGUUCCAUGAUUCACAGCCUUCAGGCAAGACAAGUCUCCAUGUCUGGAAGGCGAUCCAGUCUGGAAAUGUUGGAAGAGUUCCCCGAGGGCCGGGAGUGUGUGAAUUGUGGGUCCAUGUCUACUCCGCUCUGGAGACGGGAUGGGACGGGCCAUUAUCUCUGCAAUGCCUGUGGGUUAUAUCACAAGAUGAACGGGAUGAACCGACCACUCAUUAAACCACAGAGGAGAUUGUCUUCUUCCAGACGCGCUGGUUUGUGUUGUACUAACUGCCACACCUCUACCACGACCCUAUGGAGGAGAAACGCUGAAGGAGAGCCAGUGUGCAAUGCUUGUGGGCUCUACAUGAAACUUCAUGGGGUACCACGCCCACUGGCCAUGAAGAAGGAAAGCAUCCAGACAAGAAAAAGGAAACCUAAGAAUGUUAACAAAUCCAAAGGUUCCUCAGGUACAACUUCAGGAACUAAUUCCCCAUCUUCUAUAUCAAACUCUGAAAAUGCAUCAACUAUUACUGAAUCUGAUUUGGCCUCAUCUCCAUAUGCCGGACAAACAGUGGUGUCUGUCUCUCAGUAA